AUGUCAACAACAACAAAACGCUCUUAUUCACAAAAUUUUGUUUUAUUUUCGGGACUUUUUAUUGUGUUUAUUGCAUUUAUUUAUCAACCAUUACCACACGAUUUUCCUCAGCCAUGGAAAUAUCGACUCAUCUGUUUUGGUGCAAAAUUAGUGGCAAAAGUGGGUUAUGUUCUUGAAAAAUUUAAUUUAAUUAAACGUGUUCAAUCGAUUCGAUUACUCUAUUAUUUAUUUGUUGGAUGUUUUCAAAUUAGAAAUCCACAACAUCAACUCAAAAUUUAUGAUGUGGCAGUGAAUAAUGUGUCAAUGCGUAUUUAUCAACCACUUGAAUAUGGUCCAGAAGAUUUGAUGCCAGCUAUUAUUCAUUUUCAUGGUGGAGGCUUUAUGGUCGGAUGUCGAGAAACAUACGAUGUGGUUACUUAUACAAUUGCAAAUCAAACACGAGCACUGGUAUUAUCAGUUGAAUAUCGUCGUGUACCCGAACACGGUUUUCCAUCAGCUCUCAAUGAUUGUAUGACAAUUGCUUAUGAAAUAUUUCGUCAACCUCUUAAAUAUCAAAUUGAUAUUAAUCGAAUAGCAUUAGCCGGUGAUUCAGCUGGAGGAAAUUUAGCUUUAGUUAUUACUCAGUAUUUAUUAAGAGAUGGUUAUAAACCAAAAUUAACAUGUCUAAUGUAUCCAGCAUUACAAUUUUUGGAUUUUACACUACCAUCUUAUCAACAGUAUUUACCAAAAGAUAUACUGGGAGUUAUUAAUGAAGAAGAUUUUCUCUAUGUAAUUAGUCAACUGAGUGGUCGUGUUUUAGUAACGCGUGAUAUUUUAAGAAAUAAUCAUACAUCAAUUAUACAUAAACAACGUUUAUAUCCUUAUUUAAAUCCACAAAAAUAUUUACCAAAACAGUAUCAACAAAAUUUAAAACCAUUGAUAUUUGAUGAAAAUCCUCUAAUGACAAAAACACUUGAAUAUUUAAUAACACCAGAUAUAUCACCAUUAUUAGUAUCAGAUGAUGAAUUAAAAAAAUUACCACCAAUUUUAUUAUUUACAACAGAAUUUGAUAUUCUAAGAGAUGAAGGUUUUAUAUUUGCCGAACGUCUAAAGCAUUUAAAUAAAUCAUUGUAUCAUUAUCAUUUUAAAGGAUCAUUUCAUGGUGCCCAUAUUCUUUUACAUGGUCCAUUAAAAUUUGAUUUUGCAUGGACAAUGAUCGGAAAAACAACUGAUGCUAUCAAAAAAAAUCUUUAA